AUGGCGGCACCCCCGCCGGUCAUGGUGUACCUGGCCGCGGCAGCGCCGCCCGCCUCGGGCUCGGCCGCUGCAUACGCGCCGCCGAUGCAUGGGGUGGCGCCAUACCCUCCGCAGGGAUACGGGUAUCCACCGACCACCGCAACAGGAUAUGGUUACCCCGCAAAAGGGCUAUGGUUACCUGCCGCCGCAGCGGUACAGGGAUACCAGCCACAGGGAUACCAGCAGCCGCCGAAGAAACACGGCAGCGGCGCCGGGGGCUUGGGGCUGGGGUUGGCGGGCGGGCUGCUUGGCAGGCUGGUGAUCAGGGACAUGAUAUCGAACGCGUAG